AUGGUUCGUUGUCAAUUCUUCCUUCUUUACCUAAUCCUUAUCCAUUAUGUGGUAGCAGUUCGAAAUAAAAGUAGGCCGAAAGUGGAUUUUUACUUGAAGACGAAUUGCGAGUUGGUGAAGAGGCGAAAGAAUGGCUCGAAGACAUAUUUCAAGAGGAAAGGGUGGGGUGAGGAUUUGGGUUCUCGGGCAUGCUAUGAUCAGCUCAUAGGGGGUAGAAGUAACCGAAGUAGUGGUGGUAACCGCCGGAAGAGCGGCUUGCUGCGCGCCACGAGCACGUUCGUAUCCAAGUACUACAAAAUAAACAUAAACGACGUGUACAGCUACCUGAAUAGGAAGAAGUAUGAGUAUAUAGAGACAGACGUGAAGAUAACGCUUAAGUACUGCCCCUUUUGCCCACCACACAAGUAUAAAUAUGAUAAUAUGUACAAGCAUGAAAUUUUUAAAAACACCGGAAAUAGUUACUGCCACAGGUGCGGGUAUAAAGGCAGCUUCUACGAUUUUAAACUAAAAAUGGGAGACUUGGUAACAAGCAAUUUCGAAAACAACGUUGUAAGCAAUACCUCCUAUGAGGAGGAGGAAAAAAUAACCUUCAACGAUGUUAAGGUGUAUAACAUGAAUUUGUUAUACUCCAAGGAGGCAGAAGCGGCAAGGAAAUAUCUAAUCGAAGACAGAAAGCUAAAUUUAGAAACGCUAAAAAAGUAUUAUAUAGGAUUUUCCAUCAUGGAAUUUCAGUCGCUAGAAAAUUCAGGAAAAUUUGAAAAACACGAAUGUUUAAUUUUCCCCUUUAUUAAGAAAGCGAAUGAUAUGAAUUCGAUAGGGCUAAAUGGAAAUAAAAACAACACGAAUGAAAAAGACUCGUACGAAAUUGUUCGCAUAAAGGUAAGAAGCUUAAGGGAUAAAGGGUACAUGAGAUUAUACCCCAAAAAUGUGAAAGACGAAAUGAAAUUAUUCUUUUUUGGAGACCAUUUGGUUAAUAAUUCUGAGGAGGUUGUCCUGACAGAAGGGGAGAUAGAUGCCAUGACUGUAAGUCAGGAGACGAAUUAUGCCGCCAUUUCUCUUCCUAAUGGGUCGAAAUCUCUUCCUAUAUAUUUGUUGCCAUAUUUGGAAAGGUUCAAAAAAAUACACCUGUGGCUUGAUUUUGACAAGGCCGGGAAAUCCAGCGUCUUUAAUUUUGUCAAUAAAAUUGGUCUCGGCCGGACUAACGUAAUAAACGAUACGAAUGUGCAGUAUCUCGAUGAACAGCUGUUUGAAAGGAAGAGGAAAAAUUUGUUAACGAAAGGGGGUCUCCUCUUACCCCUAACGGUGGGUGAUAACCCCAUCGGCGCAGCGGAGCAGAAACAGGGUGUUAUUAAGGAAAAUACGCAAAGUGAUGUAAAGGAUGGAAAAGGCCACAACACAGCUGUAGAUCCCUCGUCAGGUACAAACAAAUCAGAUCUGAAAAUAGAGGAAAAGGCGAAAAAUGAAAGUGACAGUAGAAACAAUCCGAUCUGUGGUAAUAGGGGAAAUACCCAAGAGGAGGCGCAAAAAAAAGUAAAUGAAAAAUCCACAGGUAGAACGUUCCACUUUGUACAGAACAAUAUUAUGUACAUACCAAACAACAUCGUUGUGAAGGACGCCAAUGACUGUCUAAAGCAUAACAUAGAUAUACGAUUUUUUAUAGAAAAUAGCGAAAAGGUAAAACACAGCCAAAUAUUAAACUUCAAUGAUUUGAGACAAAACAUUUUGGAAGAAUUAAAAUACCCGGAUAGAAUAAAUGGAAUUAAAAGUAAGACUAUUCCUUCUUUGAAUAAAUUUCUAUAUGGCCUACGCAUGGGAGAAUUAUCCAUAUGGACAGGUCCAACAGGGGUAGGAAAAACAACCCUUUUGUCUCAACUUUCGCUAGAUUAUUGCAUCCAGGGGGUAUCUACCCUUUGGGGGUCCUUCGAAAUUAAUAACAUAAAACUUGGAAAAGUAAUGUUAAAUCAAUUUUGUGGAAAAAACUUAGAAAAAAAUAUUGAGCUAUUUGAUCUGUACGCAGAUAAGUUUGAAUUAUUGCCGCUAAAAUUUUUAAAGUUUCAUGGAAGCACAAAUAUAGACCAAGUGUUGGAUGCCAUGGAUUAUGCAGUUUAUGCCUACGAUGUGAAGCACAUCAUUAUUGACAAUUUACAGUUUAUGCUAAAUAUAAAUAAAUUUUCUGACAUUUAUGAACUGCAAAAUAUUGCUAUAGAUAAAUUUAGAUCGUUUAGCACAAAUAAAAACGUGCAUAUCACUUUGGUUGUUCACCCAAGGAAGGAGGACAACAAUCUUCUGUCCAUUGCGUCUGUUUUUGGUAGCGUUAAAUCUACACAGGAAGCCGAUAACGUGUUCAUCAUUCAGAGACAUGUAUCCAAAACGAAUGAAACUGUUUUUUUUAUAGACAUUAAAAAGAACAGGUUUAAGGGCAGCUUGGGUAGAAUCCCCUACUUAUACAAUAAGGAAAAUAUGACCAUUAAGGAAAUGUCCAUUGGCUACUUAAAUGAUGCCAUAUCGAGUAGCGGUUACGUGUCCAAGGGUACUACCCCUCCUUCUAAUUUUGUUCCAAACGUUGGGCCACUACGUGAUGGUCUGGACUUCACUCUCUGUGAUGAGUACGAUUAUAUGAAGCAGUUGGACGACGAGUACGAAUCCAAACACGCAGUGCGUAGGUACCGCGUUGGCGCUGAUGCAAGGGUUACUGGUGUGGGGAGUGCAAGUACGAACAGCCCUAAUGCGUCCCCCUCGAACCGCGCACAGAACGAAAGUAGGAGCGAUAGCGGCUCUGUGGGCUCCUCACGCAAUAACCAAAAUAAAGAUAACAAGUCGAUCCAUCAUGUAGGCGGCCAAGAGGAUGACCCCACGAAUAAUAAUCGAUUAGUUACUACAAACAGUAGGAGCGAAGAAGGAAGCAUAAAAAACAUAUUGAGGGGACCCGACCGAGGCGGCACAGCAAUUCCUGUGGGAAAAACUCCAAAGAGUGAUCAACCAAGUGGUGAUAGCAUCGAUGUGGUUACCCCUCCUAACCCGCACGCGGAGAAGCAAGAAACAGAACUUGAUAUGUCGAAGCAAAAUGUACCAUCCUACCGAUUGAGCACUGAAGGGAUAAUAAAACUAUGCGAAGAAAUAAAAGACAACAAAAAUGAAAUGCCAAAGGAUAGGGAGAUAACCAUAUCAAUGAGGAACUGUGUUAUAAAUAAAGAUUCAGCAAUAAAGGACAUUCGAAAUUUUAUAAAGACAAAUAAGUUAAAUAUAAAAACUGCUGGAAAGAACCUAAAAAAGGUAGACGUUUUUAUAGCCAUUUUGCAGAGUAUUCCGAAGGAGUACAUAACGAUUAAGUAUAUAGGAGGGGACGUAGAAAAAGUUGAUCCGGACAGUACAGGUGGUGAAAAUGUGAUAACUGGGGGCAGCCCUUCCAGCGCAUUACCAGUUGGGGGGUCCACCAGGAAGGAUAUUAACUCUGUUCCGACGGUGCAGGAAUCCUCUCUGAAUAGCCAUAACGUUGCGUCUACAUCAAGCGGUUAUUUGAGUGACCCCGGAAAAGAGGGUACCGUGUCUGGAGAGCACUACAAUGAAGAGAUAAAAUCGCUAUACGGCGAGGAAGUUACAAAAAGGUACAUCCAGGAUAACAUAAUAAACGUAGAUGACAACAUUGUUAAGCGGAGUGGCACAUUCAAAUUGGAAGGUAACAACAAAAUGAUGAAUAGCAUAAACUUGGAAUACUACGAACCGGUGAAAAAAUUCGAUGACGAUAUUGAGUCGAGAUUUUUUCUCAUAAAUGACAAUAAUUACAACGAAAAGAUUAAUCAUAUUUACAAAAGCGUAACGCACUGCGGGUUAGAUAUUGAGACAACCGGGCUGGAGGUGUUCGACGAGAAGAUCCGCCUCAUACAGAUCGCCGUGGAAGAUUACCCAGUGAUCAUUUACGAUAUGUUUAACAUAACGAAGGAGAGCAUCCUAACUGGAUUGAGGGAAAUUUUAAGAAAUGAGAAAGUGGUGAAAAUUAUACAGAAUGGAAAAUUUGACGCGAAAUUCUUAAUGCACAACAAUUUUCAAGUAGAAAACAUAUUCGACACGUAUAUAGCUAGCAAACUUUUAGACAAAAAUAAAAAUAUGUACGGAUUUAAACUGAACAAUAUUGUAGAGAAAUAUUUAAAUGUAACCCUAGACAAGCAACAGCAAAAUAGUGUGUGGAAUAAUUCGCUGCUGAAUAAUAACCAACUGUUUUACGCAGCAAGAGAUUCCAGCUGUUUGCUAAAAUUGUACAAAAAGUUGAAGUCUGAAAUUUGUAAGGAAAAUAUGGAAACUGUGAACGAUAUCGAAAAUAAGUGCAUUUUGCCAAUUUGCGAUAUGGAGCUUAAUGGCAUCACAGUGGACCUGGAAAGUCUGAGCAAAAGUACGAAUGAAAUUUUGAGCGAAUUAAAUGCAGAGACGAGCAAAUUGAAGGCAGAGUUGAAAGACGAAGAAAUUAACGUGAAUUCCCAACAACAGGUGUUAAAGGCAUUACAAAAUAAUAACGUGAGGGAUGUUUCAAAUAAACUUAUCGAAAAUACAUCGGACUCAAAUUUGAAAAACUUCCUCAACCAUAAGGAAGUUGUCCUAUUAAGAAAUUACAGAAGAUUGUAUAAGCUGUACUCUGCCUUCUACCUAAAGUUACCACAACAUAUUAACAAAAAAACGAACAAAAUACACACUACGUUUAAUCAGUUAAAAACUUUCUCCGGAAGAUUUAGCAGUGAGAAACCCAACUUACAGCAAAUCCCAAGGCAGAAAAAUAUAAGGGAAAUUUUCAUUCCGCAAAAAGAUAACAUAUUUAUAAUAGCUGAUUUUAGGCAAAUUGAGCUAAAAAUAGCUGCCGAAAUUACCAAUGACGAUAUUAUGCUUAAAGCGUACAAUAACAACAUCGAUCUGCACACACUGACGGCUAGCAUUAUCACGAAGAAGGCCAUAGCUGAUGUAAAUAAAGAAGACAGACACAUUGCCAAGGCCAUAAACUUUGGCCUAAUCUACGGAAUGAAUUAUGUCAAUCUGAAAAAUUAUGCAAACACAUAUUACAACCUACAUAUGAACCUCGAUCAAUGCCUUUAUUUUUACAACUCCUUUUUUGAGCACUACAAGGGGAUAUACAGAUGGCAUAAUCAAAUAAAACAAAUGAGGGCUUUGGAAUAUUCUACUCUUUCCAACAGGAAAGUCAUUUUCCCCUACUUUUCCUUCACCAAGGCGUUGAAUUACCCAGUGCAGGGCACCUGUGCUGAUAUUUUAAAACUGUCCUUAGUUGAGCUGUAUAAAAAUUUGAAACCCAUCCAUGGGAAAAUCAUCCUCUGUGUACAUGAUGAAAUUAUAAUAGAGGUUGACAAAAAAUAUCAGGAGGAUGCCUUAAAAAUUCUGGUAGAAUCGAUGGAAAAUUCUGCUUCCUUCUUUUUGAAAAAAGUCAAGUGCGAGGUUUCCGUGAAGAUUGCGCAGAACUGGGGCUCCAAGGAGUAG